CCCCGAACCCUGCAUCAUUCGCUUCGCACUUUUCGUCAGAUCCAUUUCUGCAAUUCCGCAAGAGUAGAACAAUGGUCUUCCUCACAGUUCUGCCGUAAUUGCAACAAAAAUUGGUGGACAGACCAUCUUGCAAUGACCAGCUUGCUCACCAGACUCUAGCUAACGUGUCCACAGGUCAGACUUAUCAUUUCCUCAACACGAACUUCGAUCAUAGCCUGACAUUUCUGGGGUAUCCCCCUGGUUCGACUGAGACAUGGUUCUCCUAGUCGACAUUUCCCAGUUUCCCAUUCCCAUUCGCGAUUGUCCAUUCUGACUUCGAUCUCUGAUCGAGAUUGGCUGCUACGCCUGCUAUCACCCUGGCUCAUUCCUCUUUUUCUCUCAUCCUCAUUCGACGGCUCAACUCCCUUUUCUCAAGCAUUCUGCCACAUGUCGAUUCUCACUCCUCCAUCACUCCUCUCUGACGCAAUGUCCUCGACUGAAUUCAAACACGGGUCAGCCACAAUGAGGCACCAGCUCUUCUGGCCAACAGAGCAAGCUCCUCUGUGGCCUCCUCCACAACUCUGGAAAUGAUAGACGGUGACGUCGUCUGUUUUUUUACAAUCCUCUAGAUAUUAUAUUCAUCCCUCGCAUCGACGCGUCUUCCUCUCUCUUGCUCCCCAUGUCCAUCCUACCAUAACAAACCCCCCAAUUGAAUUGUCCCAUUAUUUCAAACUCGAAAUCACAGUCUAUUCUACUCCUCCGCUGCCCAGUGCCCCCUCAUGAUCUUGUAUUUGUGACCAGCUGAUGACAAACAACCGUCUUUCAUCGGCCUCAUACGCAUAUUAUUCUUUUCCCCCAACGCCCAGUCGCGAUUCUCCCGUCUCUUCUUCCAAAGACCCCUCACCAGAAACAGUCGAAAGCGAAGACGGCAUCAUGCCAUCUCCAGCAGCUGGAAGGUCAUCCAACCUCCCAGAGACGCCUACCAAGAGCGGCAAGAGUCCUGCUUCCUCCAGUACUUCUAAACUUACAGGAAAGGAUGCUCCAAAGUCCAUCAGUGCUUCGGGGAGGAAACCACCCAAACUAGGUGCUUCCAAGGCUACCCCCAAGAAGCCCUCCGACUCGCCCAGUCUUCCCAGUCGGCCUAAGGUCGAGGACGACGCAAAGGAGAAGGCGAGUGACUUGGAAUCUGAAUCUGAACAGAAGAUCGACCUCAAGGACACUGAGGAGACCGGUGGCAAGGUCAGCCAACCCGGUCACGACACCGGUGCCGAAAGCACUUCGGUUGCCGACACCAGUGAGCUCUCUGAGGCCAACCCAGAGCCUGUCCCCGACAGUGACGAAGAAGAAGAAGACACCCCUGGUAAGCCUGCUGCCAAAGAUGAGGGUACCGACGAAGAGACCGAGACGGAAGCUGCCGCCGAGACCGAGGACGCCGCCGAAGAAGCCGAAGACGAGGCUGAAGGUAAGGGGUCUGGAGCUCUCGGCGGUAUCACUGGUGGCGCCAAGAAGAUUGCCGGAAGAGCGGGUGGUGCGAAGGAUACCGCAACCGGAGCCGUAGGCAAGGCAUCUAAGGGAGAUGUCGCAGGCGCAGCUCAAGACACUGGAGCGGACGUCAAAGGUGCUGCCGAAGACACUGGCAAAGAUGUUAAAGAAACAGCCGAAGACGCCACGGAUGAUGUGCCCAAGGAUGCCGACGAUCUUCCUGAUGCCGACGAGGCAGCAGAAGGCGUUAAGGACACCGCCAAAGAUGCCACCGACAAAGUCCAAGACACUGCUGAAGACGCCAAGGACACAGCCGAAGAUGCUGCAGAUGAUGUCAAAGGAAAGGCAGAAGAUGCAAAGGGCGACGUCGAAGACAAAGUUGAAGAUGCCACGGAUCAAUUGCCUGACCUAUCUAUCCUGAAGGGCCUCAAGGUCUCGGAAAAUGGAGAUAUCCUCGACAAGAGUGGCAAUGCCAUUGGCAAGCUCGAGGAAGGCGACCCUGCCGACCUCGAAGGCUACGAGAUUGGUGAUGACGGAGAAAUUCUCGACGAAGAUGGCGAUGUCGUUGGCCGAGCAAAUAUACUUCCCGAUGAGGCCAAAGACCUCGCAGAGGGCGCCGAAGACGCAGUUGACGACGUGAAAGACGCUGCUGAGGAUGCCAAUGACCAAGCACAAGACGCCGUCGAGACCUACCUCCCUGACCUGAAUGUCCUUGAAGGCCUCGAAGCUCAAGAGAAUGGAGAUAUACUCGACAAGGAUGGCAACGUCCUAGGUAGAAUCACCGAGGGUGAUCCUGCUGAUUUGGUUGGCAUGACACUCAAUGCCGAAGGAGAAAUCCUUGACGAGGAUGGUGACGUCGUCGGUCGCGCUGAGACCUUACCCCAGGAAGUCAAAGACACAGCUGAAGAUGCUGCUGGCCAACUGCCUGGCCUGGAUGCCCUUGAGGGCCUCAAAGUCUCUGAUGACGGUGCCAUUAAAGAUGAUCAAGGCAACGUCCUAGGCAAGAUUACCGAAGGAGACCCAGCUGACCUGGUUGGUCUACCAUUGAAUGCCGAGGGCGAAGUCCUUGACGAAGACGGAGACGUCAUCGGCCGCGCAGAGGUUGUCCCCGAAGCUGCGGAUGCCCUCGGAGACGCUGCUGACGCUGCUAAACCUGAUAUCGUCCAGGAAGCAUUGGACAAAGUCGAAGACAUUCAAGAUCAAUUGAAACCCGAUCUGACCAUUGUUGAUGGCCGCAAACUUAACAAGAAGGGCAACAUCAUCGACGACGAGGGUGAAGUCCUCGCCAAACUCGUCGAAGGCGAUCCCAAGGCCUGCGCUGGGAAAAUCCCCAAUGAGAAUGGAGAGAUCCUCGACCAAGAUGGAAAUGUCAUUGGUCGUGUUGAGGUCGUCGAAGGUGAAGCUGCCGAGGAGGCCAUGAGAGAACUCAAUCCCGAACUUGUCCAACAGCUUGAGGAAGCUCAAGAUGCGGUGGAAGAGGCUGAGAAGCAGGCCGAAGAGGCAGCCGAUGAAGCUGAAGAUGCCGCUGAUGAGGCCAAGGAAGCCGCUGAAGAUGCGGAGAAAUCUGCCGAGAAGGCUGCGGAGCCUCUCUUCUCUCAGCUCGAGGGACUCAAGGUCAACAAAAAAGGCGAAGUCCUCAACGAAGAUGGUGACCCCAUCGCCCGUCUCUCUGAAGGCUUCAACUUGGAUGACGUCAGGGGUAAAAAGAUUAAUGAAAAUGGUGAAAUCCUUGACAACGAGGGUAAUGUCAUUGGCAAGGUUGAAUUCAUCCCUGAAGCUAUCGAAGAAGGUCUUGUGGAGGUGGAAGAGGCCGCUGCGGACACUCUUGACACAUCCAUUCUAGAGGGUCUCAAGGUCAACAAGAAAGGCCUCGUCCUCGAUGAAGAAGGCGACGAGAUCGCUCAUCUUGUCGAGGGCGACCUCUCUGCCGUUGCUGGCAAGAAGUUGAAUGACAAAGGAGAAAUCCUCGAUAAAGAUGGCAAUGUCAUCGGCAAGGUUGAGUUGACACAGCAGCAAGCUGAGGAUGAAGCCGCCGAAGAAGAAGAAGAAGAUGAUGAGCUACCUCCUCUCUCAAUCCUCGAAGGCCUCAAGGUCAACAAAUCAGGCAAGGUUGUCGACCGCGAUGGCAACGUCGUGGGUGAGCUCAUCGAAGGCGAUGCCAAGAAGAUCUGGAAGGCUGGUGCUCAAGCUGACGACGAAGGUCAAUUCUGGGACAGCAAAGGUCAUAUUAUCGGUCGUGCAAAGACCCUUCCUCGAGAGGAUGCUGAAGGCGAAGCAGAAUUUGCUGGCUUGGAAGGACUUACCGUCGUCGCCGAUGGCUGGAUCGAGGAUGAAAACGGAAACCGUGUCGGUAAAAUCAUAGAAGGCGAUGCCAAGAAGCUCGUCGGUCGUGCCGUUGAUGAGGACGGUGAUAUCAUUGACAAGAAGGGUAAUGUCGUCGGCCAUGCUGAGCGUUAUGAAGAGCCAGAAGCCGAAGCAGAACCCGAGCCUGAGGCAGCUGACCUCUCUGAGCUGAAAGGCUUGAAGGUUAACAAGCAAGGAAAUGUCAUCGGUCCUGAUGGUGUACCAAUCGGUCGCCUCGUCGAAGGCAAUGCCAAGGAGCUUGCCGGUCGUCGUGUUGAUGAGAACGGCCAGGUAUGGAAUGAUCGUGGUGAAGUCGUGGGACGAGUAGAGCUCAUCCCAGCCAACGAACGUGAAGCUAAGCCAGAAGGACCGUUUGGCGGUCUAGAAGGCCUCAUCGUCGUCAAAGACGCGUUGGUCGAGGAUCACGAAGGCAACGUGGUUGGCAAAGUCGUUGAGGGCGAUGCCAAGAAGUUAAUUGGCCGCGGUGUCGACGAAGACGGAGACAUUAUCGACAAAUAUGGCAACGUCAAGGGUCAUGCUGAACCAUAUGAAAUUCCAGAGGAAGAGGUUCAAGAGGCCGAUCUUUCAAGUCUUGCCGGCAAGACCGUGAACAAGCAAGGCAAGAUCGUUGACGAACAUGGCACCAUAUUUGGUGAAGUUGCCGAUGGUGAACUGAAACACCUCGUCGGCAAGAAGGUUGACGGUAAAGGACAAAUCUGGAGCAAUGAUGGCAAGGUGAUCGGCCAUGCCCGACUCAUUGAAGGAGGAGAUGAUGGAAAGGCCGAGGGGCCUUUCUCGAAUUUCGAGUCCACCACUGUCACCAAGGACGGUCUCGUCAAGGAUGCGGGCGAUCAGAUCGUCGGCCGUGUCGUCGAAGGCGAGGUCAAGAAGCUUGUCGGACGCAAGGUCGACGACGAUGGGGACAUCGUCGAUAAGAAUGGCAACGUCAUUGGUAAGGCAGAGCGCUGGGAACCAGAAGAAAAGGAGCGCGAGGUGUCGCCGAUGGCGGGCCUCCGUAUCAAUAGAGAAGGAGAAGUUCGUGACAAGAAUGGCGACAUCAUUGGCCGACUCACCGAUGGUAACUUGCUUGCUUGUAUCGGCAAGGAGAUUAAUGACAACGGAUACGUCGUCGACCAGGAUGGCAACAAGAUUGGCGAGGUCACUCUGCUCGAAAACAUCCCCGAGGAGGAGGCCGAGGAAGAAACCACUCCUGAAGAGCUGAAGGCCGAAGAAGAAAGAGAAAUUGCCAAAAAGAUCUCCAACAUUAUCAACCAAACGUUGGAGAAGAUGGAACCUAUUUGCAAGCAAAUCACAGAGCAUAUUGAAAAGGCUGACCGAACUCCUCGUGACGAACUCGACGAAGAGAAACUUGUGGAGAACGUCAAGCCUCUAAUCGAAGAAGGUGGCCGCAUCCUAGGCGAAUGCAACGGUGCCAUCCGCGGACUCGAUCCUGAUGGCCACAUCGCUGCUCAAGCCAAGGCUCGUGCUGCCUCGGGUGAAGCUUCACCUGAGGAACAUAGAGUGGCCGAGGGCUUGAAGGAGUUGACCAGCCAGAUUGUCAAGACCAUUGACAACGCGAAGAAGAGAAUCGCAGACAUGCCCCACGCAAAGAAGAAGUUGAACCCUCUGUGGGGCUUGCUUACCGAGCCUUUGUUCCAGAUCAUCGCUGCUGUUGGGCUGCUUCUAUCUGGUGUUUUGGGUCUAGUGGGCAAGUUGCUCAAUGCACUUGGCUUGGGAGGCUUAGUCAACGGCAUUCUCGGAGGAUUGGGUGUUGAUAAACUGCUUGGUGGCUUAGGAUUGGGAAGCAUUGCUGACAGUCUAGGCCUGGGCGGCGGCAAAAAGAAGAAAUAGCUAAUCCGCGACUGGCUUCGCAAGGUCCUCGUCGGGGACACGUGGGACGAAAAUGAGGAUGACAGUAAGGACAAUGACGGUCGCAACAUGGAAGUCUUUUUGCGACGCGUCGAGGAUGUCAUGAAACGAAAUGUCCAUGUCCAGGGUUCACGUCGGCUACUACAAUCACCGUCAUCACCAGAUCUACUCCCAAACCUCACAUCAUUACAGCCGCGUCUGCGGCAACCUUUCUGGACUCGGGAUAAGGAUGGACACCAAAACCUCGAAUCAUAUGCAAAGGGAGGCAGCAGUCGCCGUGAAGCAGAUGGCGAGGCCCCUAGGACAAGGGUUUCAUUUCUGUGGCCUCUUGUGUAUUAUACCACUUUGAGUAUUUGGGGAGUUUUAGUACUGGGCUAUGUGUUUGUCUUUGCAGGUUAUCUUUACCAUGGCUUUAAUUGAUAGUAUGAGGACACAGGUGAGAUGGUCAUUCAGCCAUCGUGGGAUAAUAGCGAUCAAAUGUUGUUUAGGUAAAUAGGAC